AUGAAGAACCCAAAGACUGCUAAGGUGUCCAGUGAUGAAUUAGAUUCUGAGGAAGAAUUAUCUCCAGAGGUCCACAAAAAAUCCUUAGAGAAAUUAAAGAAAAUUGAUCCAGACUUCUACAGUUUCCUAGAAGAAAACGAUGAAAAUUUAUUAAAUUUUGGUGAAGAUUCUGAGGAUGAUGCCUCUGUAGGUGGGGAAGAUGAGGAAAAACUACACAAACCAGGUCCACUCAAAGGGGAUAGUGACGAGAGUGAUUUUGAGGAUGAAGAUGUAAAGCCAAUACAAGGAAAGGUAAACCUUAAAUUAGUUGCACAAUGGCAAGCAGAGCUGCAGAGUGAAGGCAAAAUAAAACUUCCAACAUUAGUUACAGUCAUCAAAGCAUUCAAUGCGGCAAUGUUGCGAGUUACAAGUGAAGAUGGGACAUCUCAAAGUGAACUUAAAGUUGAAGGGUCUUCAGUGUUCAAUGCUGUUAUACAAAUGUGUGUUUUGUAUUUGCCUGGUGCUAUAAAGAAAUAUCUUGGUAUGGAACAAUCUGGAAAAGAUCCUCAGAAGUGCAAACAUUUUAUAAAAAUCAAAGGUCCAUUAGUUUCAUAUUUAAAAGAUUUAUUAAAACUCCUGAGUGGAGUAACAUCAGAGAAUAUUCUGACGGUUCUUCUGAAGCAUUUGCAUCAGAUGUCAAUAUAUGUUGCUUGCUUUAGUCGUAUAUCGAAACAGUCACUGAAAAAACUGAUUAUGUUGUGGAGUAGUGGCGAAGAAACUGUAAGAGUAUUGGCAUUUUUGUGCAUAUUACGAAUAACAAGAAAUCAACAAGCAGCACUUCUUGAUCUAGUGUUGAAGGCAAUGUAUUUAACAUAUGUAAAAAAUUCUAAAUUUGUCAGUCCUUCUACAUGGCCAGGCAUAAACUUCAUGCGGCGAUCCCUAGUGGAGAUGUUUUCUUUGGAUCUAAAUGCCUCUUAUCAGCAUGUGUUCCUUUACAUAAGGCAGCUGGCUAUACAUCUGAGAAAUGCAAUUGUAGUGCAAAAAGUGGAAAACAGACAAGCAGUGUAUAACUGGCAGUUUAUAAAUUCCCUUCAUUUAUGGGCUGAUUUAAUAGCUGCAACAUCAAAUAAACAGCAAUUACAACCAUUAUUGUAUCCAUUAGUGAUGGUGAUUACAAAUACCAUAAAGUUGGUUCCAACACACCAAUACUACCCUCUCAGAUUUCAUUGUGCCGAGAUUCUUAUUAAUCUUUCUAAGGAGACCAAUACAUUUAUUCCUGUAUUACCAUUUUUGGUUGAGGUCUUGACAACAUAUGACUUCAAUAAGAAACACAAAAAGGUGUCGAUGAAGCCGUUAGACUUCUCAUGCGUGCUCAGACUGGCGAAGUCACAAUUAUCCGAGAAUGGUUUUAAGGAUUCUGUCAUAGAGAGAUUAUAUGCACUUCUGUUAGAGUAUACUGCGAAUGAAGCGCACAACAUUGCUUUUCCAGACAUCAGCCUGCUUGCCGUUUUACAGAUAAAACAGUUUCUAAAGACAUGUACGGUAUCAAAUUAUACAAAAAAAAUGCGGCAAUUGAUGGAGAAAAUCGAAGAAAAUUCGAAGUUUAUUGAGCGUGAACGAGCUAAAGUAAGCUUCGCGCUUAGUGACGAGAAGAUGGUAGCAGCUUGGGAAUCAAAUAUUAAAGCUAAAGGAACUCCUCUAUAUACAUUCUUCGAGAAUUGGUAUAAAAUCAAUAAGAUACAAAAACGUAAAAAGGUCUCUAAAAAUGACGAAAUUGCUGGAGAAUUACCAAUGAUUAAAAGACCAAAAAUACCCGACGCUAAUGAAAUAAAAACAAAGGCAAAGCAGGAAAACGCAGGUCCAAUGGUCUUGUUUCCAUCUGAUAGUGAAGAUGAAACUGGGGACUUUAAAAUAACUGAGGAAGAAGAUAAACCUAAACCAAAGGAGAAGAAGUUAAAGAAGAAAAAGAAAAACAAAAGCAAAGCAAAUAUUAAGAAGAUGGAACAAGAAGAGGAUAUAGGUGAUAAGCAAGAUAUAGUAAAAGAUUUUAGUGUCAGCGAUUGGUAA